CCUCAUCCACACACAUUCCGCCCCUCACAAUGUUCCGUUUCGCCCUCGCUAGAUCCGCAAGAUGCCUUGCCCAGGCCGCUCCUAGAGUCCAGGCCCCCAUCACCCGCCGCGUCGCUCCCUCAUCUUUCUUGCCUUCGACGACCGCCGCUCCCUCGACCUUUGUUUCCGCCGUCAGAUGCUACUCGGCGCACGCCGGUCUCUCAAAAGAUGAGGUUCAGGGCCGUAUCCUCGACCUCCUGAAGAACUUCGACAAGGUCUCGGACGCCUCCAAGCUCUCCGCUCAGUCACACUUCACCAACGACCUCGGUCUUGACUCCCUGGACACCGUCGAGGUCGUCAUGGCCAUUGAGGAGGAGUUCAGCAUUGAGAUCCCCGACAAGGAGGCCGAUGCUAUUCACAGCGUCAACCAAGCUGUUGAGUACAUCCUUAGCCAGCCUGAUGGUAAGCCUGCUCGCCUAGAAGAUUACCAGACCGAUUUCUGACUCGCAUACAGCUCACUAGAUGCGCCAUUGAGAUGUGCAUGGAAACGGAAUAUUUUGAAGAAGCCCG